AGCCAUUUUUCAGCCGUCAUUGACGCUUAAAAGGAACUGACUCCGCCUGGUCCCCCCUGACUCCGAAUGUCGCGUAAAUUUAUUGUUGGCGGCAACUGGAAAUGCAACCCCGCAUCGAUGAAGGAGGCGAAUACCCUCCUGAAGGAAUGGAAAAAGAGCCUUCCAUCUGUGGACAAGAGCAAAGUGGAUGUAGUGAUUUGCCCUCCUGCCCUGUGGAUGACUACAUUGAGUCCAGCCAUCGAGGCCUUGGGGAUGCAGACUUGUGCGCAGAAUGUGGGCAAGAAUGAUGCUGGUGCAUUUACAGGUGAAUGGACCGCUGCAAACCUGUUGGAUUUGAACAUCAAGUGGACCCUCAUCGGCCAUUCUGAGCGACGAACGAAGUAUGGGGAGACAGAUGCAGAUGUGGCAGAGAAGGUGGCAAAGUGCCAAGAGAUCGGGGUCAACGUGAUUUUGUGCAUCGGUGAGACUCUUGAGGAACGUGAGGGAGGAAAGACGGACGAGGUGAACAAGCGGCAGCUGGCUGCGGUGAUUCCAAAAGUCAAGGACUGGAGCAAGAUCGUGCUUGCGUAUGAGCCAGUUUGGGCCAUUGGCACGGGCAAGGUGGCGACUCCCGAACAGGCGGAAGAGACGCAGGCGGCCAUCCGUGCCUACAUCAAGGGAGCCGUCAGCAGUGACGUUGCAGACAAGUUGCAAAUCCAGUAUGGCGGCAGCGUAUCACCUGACAACUGCGCGGACGGUCAACCGUGCGGGGUCCGGAGCGAGUCGAAAGCAGUUGAGGGACUCGACUCAACACAGGCCCCACCGCCAUCCUCACCCCUCCCAGAGAAUUGUCAAUUGGGGGCAAUGGCACAAGGGGACACCUUUGACGAGGUAGACACGUCCUCCAAAGUCAAAGCAAAUCGUUACAAAUCUCAACGACUCGAUUUUUGUCAAAGUCGAGAAGCCUCAUGUUGGGCCAGCAUUCUGGAGCUCAUCACCAAGCCCAACAUUGAUGGCUUCCUGGUGGGUGGCGCCUCUCUGAAGCCCACUUUCAUGGAGAUCGUCUCCAAGGUGGGGCCUUCAAAGAUGGUUGACAUGUGGCCUAAAUUCGAGGAGAAGAUGAAGAAGGAGGGCUUGAACGACACUGCCAUCGCCGCCUUCAAGUACACUUAUGGCGUCCUUGUUUCUGGCGCUGAUGUGAUGAUUCCGGAGAGCAAGCUGGAUCCGGUGGAGAAGUUGCCAGAGUAUGAGAAGCUGAGAGAGAAGCCAGACCCCAGGCUCUUGAAGAAGACUCUCAUCCUUAAGCUGAAUGGCGGAUUGGGUACAGGUAUGGGCCUUGAGAAGGCCAAGUCCCUGCUGCCCGUCACACAAGGCUUCACCUUUUUGGAUCUGAUUGCAAAGCAAGUCGCUUCCAUGCGAAAAGAGUUCAAGACCGAUCUCAAGUUCAUGCUGAUGAACUCUUUCUCAACCUCCCAGGACACCUUGGAAGCGCUUUCAAAGUACCCUGAUUUGGGAACAGGAUCUGAUUUGGAGUUCGUGCAGAACAAGGCGCCCAAGGUCACGGCCAGCGACAUGAGCCCUGCCGAGUGGUCAGCAGAUUCCAGCCACGAGUGGUGCCCGCCAGGGCACGGAGAUCUCUACCCAGCCAUGCUCGGGAGCGGGACCUUAGAGAAGUUGCUGAAGAAAGGUUACAGAUACAUGUUCGUCUCCAACUCGGACAACUUGGGUGCUACCAUGGACCUCAAGAUCCUCACACACUUCGUUCAAUCAGGGGCACCCUUCAUGAUGGAAGUGGCCGAGCGGACAGAUGCGGACAAGAAGGGUGGCCAUUUGGCCAAGGACAAAGCUGGAGGUCUCCUCUUGCGAGAAUCGGCCCAGUGCCCGGAGGAGGAUGAGAAGGAGUUCCAAAACGUGGGGAAGUACAAGUUCUUCAACACCAACAACCUGUGGGUCGACCUGGCAGCCUUGAAACGAGAGUUCCGGCGAAAUGAUGGUGCCCUGCCUUUGCCCGUGAUGAAGAAUGGCAAGACGGUGGAUCCCCGGGACAAGGCCUCCACCAAAGUCUUGCAGUUGGAGACCGCCAUGGGCGCAGCGAUCCAGUGCUUUGAAGGCGCCAGCGCUUUGGUGAUCCCACGCUCGCGCUUCGCGCCGGUGAAGACCACCAACGACCUGCUUGCCCUUCGCUCUGAUGCCUACAAGCUUACAGAGGACUUUACCAUCGUUUUGGCGCCUGAGCGUGAUGGUGUGCCUCCUGAAGUGAAGUUGGACGGCAUGUACAAGUUCACCGAUGCCAUGGAGAAGCUGAUUCCCAACGGCCCACCAUCCUUGCUUCAUUGCAAGAAGUUGGUCGUGGAAGGACCCGUGACCUUUGCGAAGGAUGUGAUCAUCAAAGGUACCGUGACCGUCAAGAACAGCAGCGGCACAUCCAAGGAGCUGGCUGCGGGCACCUACGAAGACAAAACCGUGGAGCUUUGAGAGAAUGUGUUUUUUGGCCUUCGCAGUGCCAGCGACGUCCAGUGAUAGCAAGAAUUUUCGGUGUGUAGAUGGCGCGGGCUGGUGCUUCGGCAUGUGUGGUUUUCUCACCAGUGGAGCUGUUGCACUGGUAUUGCAGAAUGUCACUGGGCCGG